CGAAGUCCGUGGUAGAACUAAUACAUUCGAACGCACCCAGUUGACCCGACGCGCGUAUUAUUGACAUUCAAGAUGGCGACCGAAAAUAAUGCAGACGUUCAGCUGUUCCAGCCGCUGGAACAUUUACGACAAGAAAGUCAUGUGCAAAGCAUGGAACAAUACAGAGAGAUGUAUAAACGAUCUAUUGAAGAACCAGAGGAUUUUUGGAAAGAGAUUGCACAACAGUUUUACUGGAAGAGUCAGCCGACCGGGAUGUUCUUGGAUUAUAACUUCGACUGCAGGGAAGGACCUAUUUACAUUAAAUGGAUGGAGGGCGCACAGACAAACAUUUGUUACAACGCUGUGGACAGACAUGUCAAAGAUGGACGUGGAAACAAAAUAGCAUUUUAUUGGGAGGGAAAUGACCCAGAUGACCAUGGAAAAAUCACCUUUCAGGAGCUUCAAGAUAAAGUUUGCAAAUUUGCUAAUGUCCUCAAAAAACUUGGACUUAAGAAAGGGGACCGUGUGGCAAUCUACAUGCCAAUGAUUCUGGAACUGUCCGUGUCCAUGCUGGCAUGUGCACGAAUUGGCAUUAUACAUUCAAUUGUGUUUGCUGGUUUUUCCAGUGAAUCUCUAGCAGAGCGAAUAUUGGAUGCUCAUUGUUGUGCUGUGCUUACUACAGAUGGUGUGUGGAGGGGAACAAAACUCAUGAACCUGAAACAGAUUGUAGACGAUGCCUUAGUUAUCUGUGGGAAAUCGAACCACCAUGUAAAAAAAUGUGUCGUUGUUAAGCAUCUGACAACAACAGAGGAAAUAGAGGACUGCGGUGAUACAGAAGAGCCUCCUGCAAAACGACCUUCACGUAAACUCAAGAUCCAUUGGAACAAUGAGCGGGACGUGUGGUGGCAUGAGGAAAUGGCAAAGGUGUCCUCAGAGUGUGAGCCUGAGUGGAUGGAUGCUGAGGACCCCCUCUUCAUGCUCUACACAAGUGGCUCCACAGGAAAACCAAAGGGAGUCCUCCAUACAGUUGGUGGAUACAUGUUGUAUGCCGCUACAACCUUCAAGUACGACUUCGACUACCAGGAUAAUGACAUCUACUGGUGCACAGCUGAUGUGGGAUGGAUCACUGGCCACACUUACGUCUGUUACGGUCCACUGGCCAAUGGGGCUACAAGUGUCAUAUUUGAAGGCACACCGUUCUACCCUGACCCAGGCAGGUUCUGGGCGAUUGUAGAGAAGUACAAAGUUACAAAGUUCUACACAGCACCAACAGCCAUCCGAGCUCUCAUGAAGUUUGGUGAUGAGUUUGUCACAAAAUAUGACCGGUCCUCCCUGAAAGUACUGGCCACCGUGGGAGAACCAAUCAACCCUGAGGCCUGGCUUUGGUACUACAAUGUGAUAGGGGAGAAACGAUGUGCCAUUGUCGACACCUUCUGGCAGACUGAGACAGGCGGCCAUACCUUAACGCCUCUACCUGGAGCGACUCCCCUCAAACCCGGAUCAGCAACUUUUCCAUUCUUUGGCAUAGUUCCAGCUAUAUUAGAUGAAAAUGGACAGGAAAUCACGGAGUCUGGUAAAGAAGGAUACUUGGUAUUCAAGCAGCCAUGGCCAGGUAUAAUGAGGACAGUUUACGGAAACCAUGAGAGAUUUGAGACUGUCUACUUCAAGAAAUUUCCUGGAUACUACUGCACUGGAGAUGGUGCAAAGUUUGACGAUGAUGGGUACUUCUGGGUAACUGGACGCAUAGACGACAUGGUCAAUGUGUCGGGUCAUCUGCUGAGCACAGCCGAGAUCGAGAGUGCUCUGAUAGAACAUGCACAUGUGUCGGAGUCUGCUGUCGUGUCCCAUCCACAUGAUAUCAAGGGGGAGUGUACCUAUUGUUUUGUCACUCUCAAGGAGGGUUGUGAGUUCAGUGAAAAGCUGGUUGUGGAAUUGAAAAAGAAAGUUAGGGAAAAAAUUGGACCAUUUGCCUCCCCGGACUUUGUUCAAAACGCUCCAGGGCUUCCCAAGACAAGGUCAGGAAAAAUCAUGAGAAGAAUCCUUCGCAAAAUUGCUGUCGGUGACAGAAAUGUUGGUGACAUUACGACAAUGGCUGAUGAGAGUGUCAUAGAGAAGCUGUUCCAGCUCCGCCCAGACACGGCAUGAACAAAUCGUCUUCAAAAUAGUAGAAAGCAAUGAAGGAUAGGAUUGUUGUUUCAUAUCAUGACACAUAAACGUGAUAUUGUCAAGAUUUGAUUGAGAUUUUUAGUUUCAUCUUUAUUCAAUUGGAAAUGUACCAUUUUUGUAGAGGACUUGUAUCAUUAAUACCGAGGGAUUGUAUUUUAGUGUCUUUGUUUUAGAGAGUGCAUUUAAAAGAUGCAUUUGAAUAGAGUUAUUUAAAUGUCUAUUGGAACUCAAACCUAUACUUUGUAAGUGUAUACUAACAAUAUCUGGUAUCGUUUAUGUCUUUGCUGUGUGUCAGAAUUAUAUCCCUUAAAUAAUGUUAGGUUGACAUUUAUUAAUUAUUCAGAACUACUAUAGUUGUAAUUGUAAGUUGUUGUUUUCUACAAGGGGGUGCUUCAUCAAUGAGAUUUAUCAGUUUGGAAUUUUGAAAUAUCAAAGUUUUACUUCAUACACAAACAGUGUAAGUUUUAAACAUGUUGCAACAUUCCAAAACUUACUGGUCCCUUUGUCGAGCUUUGACUGAGUGAGCACUUUGUAUUGUUUACCAGUAGUACAACGAGGUGAUGAAAGUUAUGUUUCUUAUGUCAUUUGACCUGGGACAUUUUGCCUAGCGAUAGAGAGUGUAAAACAUUGAUAUUAGAGGGAGCUUCAUUAUACAGUACUCAGUCAUAACAUUUUGUUGUGUAUUGAUAUUUUUUUGUAGUAACAGUAAAAUUGUGAAAUUUUGAAUAAUUGUCACAACAAAAGUUUUGUUCAAUCAGCUUACAAUUUUAAAGUCUGUACUUUAGGGAAUAUUGUUAAAUGGAACAUUUUCACCUCCAUUUUAUUAAGAGCAAAUUGAUCACAAGACAAACCAUUAAAUAGAAAAUAUCGAAAGAAGUACUGUGAAUUAUACAUGGGUGACUUCAAUACUGACAAAAAAUAUUGUAUAGACAGAAAUACCAGACAGUAUAUAUUGGUAAAUUUAGCACUCAGAAAAAUGAUAUUAUAGUAAGAAAUAGUGGCAAGUAAUAGAUACCAUCUUGUGUACAUUGGUAACUCUAAUUCUAGGCAAAAAUAUGAUAUUUUAUUAAAAAUUACUGCAUGUAUGGGCUGAUCAACUCUGUCAGCGAAUGUGUAAAAAUUUAAACGAUUACAGUACUAAAGUGAGAUUUGAAAAUGGAAAACAGAGGUGAGUAACCAGGAUAUGUUGUUGUUAUAUGUUUCUGUUGUACAUAUUUUGUUACUAAAGUAAUCAGUUUGUCGAUCUGUUGUACAAUG